AUGCAUGAGCUGUUGCUAUUCGCCUCGGUCCCCGUUCACCAGCAUCAUGAGCUUCUGCAGCAGUUGGCCGGGUUGACGGCCAUGCAACCCCGCCACUGCCUCGAGCGGCGGCUGAUUUUCAAGGCUUACCGCAAACCUGGCCUGGUCACGGCGCGCACGGGGGCCAGUCAGGAUCUGCAAUCAGGGGACCUGCAGCGGUUGAACAAGAUGCUCAAUGGAGGAAUGUUCUAUACCCAAGUAGUGGGCCCAAUCUCUGAGGGGGACUUUGGCUCGGCCCCGAUCCCGGUCCCGACCCCGGACCCGGAUAUCCAGAUGGCUGGCAUGGAUGAUGCCAAACCGUCUGUGACAGAAAGCCCCCACUCUCAUUAUGAUUAUGAGCGUCAGCCGUGGAAAUUGGAGUUUCGAGAUAUCCCUGAAGCGGGAACUCGCUCCGCAGUGACUACUCGAGUGAUGUCCAGCGCCUUGCUACCUCGAGGGGAUAUCGUGCCGUCGAUGAAUGCAUGGGGCUACAGCUUCGUGACCGAGUAUGUGGUCGAAGGGGAUAUGUUUAUCCACAAUGAUAUCGUGAUCUUCCUGCAUCGCGUGCUGCACUAUCCUACGGCCGAGCACGAGUAUCACGAGCCUCGGCGACAGCUCCCGGUGUUCUCCGAGAUGGCACCACUUGAGAAGAGCGGCAGCUAUGUGCUACAAGCCGCCAUUACGGUCCAGGACGGCAGCAACCAGGAGACGAUGAAGACGGCCUCACAGCAUCUGUUUGGUCUACGGGAGCAAUUGCGGUCGGCCGUCCGGCUAGAGCAGGCGGAUCGCCUGUCUCUCGAUACACGGGCGAAGUAG